AGAGCUUCAUCCUGUUCUGCUCUUCUUCAGCGAUAUAAUAUCUCCAGUGUUGCCUUAACGCUAUUUAUUUGUCUUCAACAAAAUUUUUCUGGCCAUGCCUAUCACAAAGGCAACCUCAUCCCACAUUGUUGAUGGAAAUCAGGAGCCCAGCCAGGAUGAUGGACGGGAGGAUUUAGCACAACCCAUCAAUUCAGUUGGAACUUCUCAGCCACAUGAAGUCCAUAUUUGGGCUAUGGAUGGUAAUGGAAGUUCUACUACGAGACCGAACACUUCGUCACCACCAGUAAUUGCUGCUACCAAUACCAAUGGAGCUCCACCCAAUUUAGUCGAUUUUACCCAAGGUUAUGUCACCAUGGCAGAUCUUACUACUCUCUUAGACAAGGAACAUUCUAAACACGGAGCAACCCUUUUUCAAUUCUAUGAUGGAAGGAAAGGCAACCCUGUGGAGCAUGUCAACAAAUUCCUUGAUGCCAUGGGGGCUCACGCCGGUGAUGGAGAUUUGUGCCUGCGUGAGUUCUUAAAGCCUCUCCCUGAUAGAGCUUAUACAUGGUGCACCACUCUACCUCCUGGCUUUGUCCGUUCUUGGGACGAGAUGAUAGAACAAUUUCACCAAAAAUAUUUUCAAAGUGAAAAGCGCAUCACCAUCCUUGAUCUUCACAACACCCGUCAAUACACUGGCGAAGAUAUAAUGGUCUAUGUCAAAAGAUUUAGGAAUUUGGCACUCGAUUGCUAUGGCGGCCAUGUUGAGUCCUUCUUGGUGGAAAUCUGCAUCAACAACAUGUUUCUGGAAUAUCAUGCUAUCCUUGAAAACAUCAAGAUCAACCAGUUGGCAAGGCUACACGAUGCCGCCAGAAGAACAACCAUUUUUGUCAAAGCCAUCUCUACUGGGAAAUCUGCAAUGAAGUCUAUAGAAAAGAAAACCGCCGUUCACACCUUGGUUGUCUCUGUCCGGGGCCAAGGACAAGGGCAAAAAAGAAAAGAUCGUGACAUGGCACCGCCACUGCCUAUUCCUCUCACAGUUGAAGAACUCGAUGUGCUCCUAAAUCAGUGGAUCGUUGAUGGUGCCAUCACAUUACCUCAGGCUCAUCGCGAACCCAACGAUGAUGACAAGCGCAACCCCAAGUACUGUCACUACCAUCACUUUGUCCACCAUGCAACUAUGGAUUGUUUUUCCUUGAGAAGGAUGUAUCAUAGAGGGGCGCGACAAAGAGCCACAGAGGCCAUACUCUUCAUCGCCAACGAAGCUAGAGGAGAAGGGCUCAACGUUGAAGCACAUGCUAGCCGUGCUUAUCUUGAAUCGUCAAAUGCUGUUACAUUCAUUGACAAAGAUAUGGAGGCGCCAUAUCCUGACCAUAGAAAGCCUCUUUACUUAUCUACUCAGAUCAACUCCGUCGGUGUUAGACGUGCACUGGUCAAUAUUGGAUCUUCUUUCAACCUAGUACCGCUAAGCACCAUCAUUGCUACAGGGAUCCCCAAACGAAGAAUCGUCAAGUCUCCACUCAGCAUUGUUGGCUUCGGCAACAGCAGUGAGCAUGCCCUUGGAUACAUUCAACAUGAAUUAAAAGUUGGGAAUGAGAUACUUGAUGAGCACUUAGAUUUUUCUAACGAAGCUGAUCAUCUCAUACCACCAAACAAGCUGCCAACCCUUCAUGAAGCUCAACCGGCGCUCACUUCUAUAGAGCCCUUUGAAGCUGUUGAUCUUAGAGAUGAUCCAGCAAAUCCCAGGCAUGUACAUAUUAGCACCACUCUUUUUGCGGAUGAAAGAGCCAAACUGGUUAAGUUGCUCCGAGAGUGUAAAGAUGUCUUCGCCUGGAAUUAUGAUGAAAUGCCGGGGCUUGAUCUAACCUUGGUGUCACACUCUUUGAAUGUUGAUCCUAGUAUGAAGCUAGUUGUACAGCCAAAUUGUGCCUUCCAUCCAGAGGUCACUCUGAAAAUUAAAGAAGAGCUCGAGAAGCUCUUGGCUACAAGAUUCAUCAAACCAACAAAGAAGCUGACUUGGCUGGCCAAUAUUGUACCAGUUCGAAAGAAGAAUGGGCAGAUUAGGUGUUGCGUGAACUUUCAUGACCUUAAUAAGGCUUGCCCCAAAGAUGAAUUCUCUGUCCCGAACAUGGACGUGUUGAUGGACAACACCGCUGGUUGCGAGAUGUACUCUGUCAUGGAUGGCAACAACGGGAAUAAUCGAGUCUGUAUGUGCCCCAGUGAUGUAGAGAAAACUGCUUUUCGCACCCGUAUUGUUAAUUUUUACUAUGUUGUUAUGCCUUUUGGACUUAAAAAUGCUGGGGCUACUUAUCAAAGAGUCAUGGAAAUCAAGGAAGAAUGGACAUUAUAUUUCGAUGGAUCUUCCCCGAUUGAAGGGGCUAGGGCUGGUGUUGUUCUCAGAAAUGACAAAGGCCAUGAUAUGGUAUUUUCAUUGAAGCUUGAUUUCAGUGCACGAAACACCAUAGAGUCUGAUCCUUGGUCAAGUUUAAGGUACCUUCGUUGUCCGAGAAGAACAUCUUGCGCCAUAUCGUUCUUUCAGCCAACACCUGGAGCCAGCAUAAGAUAUGAGCAGAUACCACGGACGAAGAAUCGAUUGGCUGAUGCCUUGACCACAAUUGCUUUGAGAGUGCCUAUGGCCAAGAGUCCUUUCAGCAUCGAGAUUGUUCAAAGAGAGCGACCUAUCUAUCACAGCUGUGAAUCCGUUUUGCUUGAGAUACCUGACCAUGUUGACUAACUUAUGAGAUUUAUAAUGCCCUGCUACAACAAAACUCUGGCGUGCCUCUGAGGGACCUAUCUAGUUAUGUUAUUAUUUCUUGUGAGAUAUACUAUCGCCUCCCUCGCGGAAUCUUGGCCAGGUGCGUCAGCAAUAAGGAAGCUUAUCACAA